UCCCUCUCUCUCUUCUUCUCUUUUCUUCCCACAAGGAUGACGUGAGCCUCCCACAGAUUCCGCUGUGAGAUCUUACUGCUUCUCUCUCUCUCUCUCUCUCUCUCUCUCUAUUCCUUUAUAUCACACUCACCGAAAGAUCGCGUAUUUGUCUUCAAGGUUGUAUAUAUCUGGUAUGCAUGAUCAAUAUUCAAAGAUGUUUGACUGUGGUUACAAGUCACAAUACGAGGGAGGCCAGCGGGAGAAAUUUGUGAGGUUGGAUCACAUGGACUCCAGACUAUCUUCAUCUUCUGAUGUUGGACAUAAUAAGUGUGGAUUUGGUACAAUGAGAUUAAGCCAUGGCGGUUAUGCACGCAUUGGAACCACUGGAUCCUUUAAAAGGGGGAUGAGAAAGGGAUCUGAAGGGCUGAAGUCAAUUGGCCGAUCACUUGGAUUUGGGGUAUCUAGGGCAGUAUUCCCUGAAGACCUUAAAGUGUCAGAGAAGAAGAUAUUUGAUCCUCAAGACAAAUUUUUACUCUUGUGGAAUAAGCUUUUUGUAAUCUCAUGCAUUUUGGCUGUCUCCAUUGAUCCAUUGUUUUUUUAUCUCCCUGUGAUCAAUGACUCAGUAAACUGUCUUGGUAUAGAUCAAAACAUGGCAAUCAUAGUCAGCACUCUGAGAACAAUCAUUGAUGCUUUCUACCUUAUACGCAUGGCUCUCCAGUUUCGUACUGCAUACAUAGCUCCAUCGUCUCGUGUUUUUGGACGAGGUGAACUUGUUAUAGAUCCAUCACAAAUAGCCAAGCGAUACAUGCUGCAAUAUUUCAUUAUCGAUUUCCUUUCAGUGUUGCCCAUGCCACAGAUUGUAGUUUGGAGAUUUCUUCGGAGGUCAAAAGGUUCAGAUGUAUUGGCCACAAAGGAGGCCUUACUGUUCAUUGUCUUGCUUCAAUAUGUUCCUAGAUUGCUUCGGAUGGUACCAUUGACUUCAGAACUUAAGAGAACCGCUGGCGUCUUUGCUGAAACUGCAUGGGCAGGAGCUGCGUAUUAUUUGCUAUUAUACAUGCUAGCUAGUCAUAUAGUUGGGGCUUUUUGGUACUUGUUAGCUGUUGAACGCAAUGACUCAUGCUGGCAGAAGGCUUGUAGUGAAAAUGGAUGUAACAAAAAUUUCUUGUACUGUGGCAACGAGCACAUGGAAGGUUAUAGUGCCUGGCAAAAUAGAAGCAGAGAUAUUUUCAAUUCACAGUGCUCUGUGAAUACUGAAAAUCCACCUUUUGAUUAUGGAAUUUUUACCCAAGCAUUUUCAUCUGGGAUCGUUUCAUCUAAAACGUUCAUCUCUAAAUACUGCUACUGCUUAUGGUGGGGGCUCCAGAAUUUGAGUACACUGGGCCAAGGGCUUGAAACCAGCACCUAUUCUGGGGAGGUUAUAUUUUCAAUAGCGCUAGCCAUUUUUGGGCUUAUCCUCUUUGCACUCCUGAUUGGUAACAUGCAGACGUACCUUCAGUCUCUUACCAUUAGGCUUGAGGAAAUGAGAGUCAAAAGACGUGAUUCAGAACAGUGGAUGCAUCAUCGCUUGCUCCCCCAUGAGCUUAGGGAACGUGUUAGACGCUAUGAUCAAUAUAAGUGGUUGGCAACGCGUGGUGUUGAUGAAGAAAGUUUGGUGCAGAGUCUACCGAAGGAUCUUAGACGGGAUAUUAAGCGUCAUCUUUGUCUGGCUUUAGUGAGAAGGGUUCCACUAUUCGAGAGUAUGGAUGAGAGAUUACUUGAUGCAAUUUGUGAGAGACUGAAACCAUGUUUGUUUACAGAGAGUACUUACAUUGUUCGAGAAGGAGAUCCAGUUGAUGAGAUGCUUUUCAUCAUCCGUGGUCGCCUCGAGAGUGUCACCACUGAUGGCGGGAGAAGUGGAUUUUUUAACCGCACUUUCCUAAAAGAAACAGACUUCUGUGGUGAGGAGCUUUUAACUUGGGCCUUGGAUCCCAAGUCUGGUUCUAACCUUCCAUCUUCUACUAGAACAGUUAAGACACUUGCAGAGGUUGAGGCUUUUGCAUUGAUAUCUGAAGAUUUAAAGUUUGUUGCAAGUCAAUUUAGGCGGCUCCAUAGCAGGCAGGUUCAACACACCUUCCGCUUUUACUCACAACAAUGGAGAACUUGGGCUGCUUGCUUUAUUCAAGCAGCCUGGCGUCGUUAUUGCAAGAGGAAGAUGAUGGAGCUUCGUCGAAAAGAAGAAUCCGAGGAAUCCGGAGGAGCUCGCAACAAUCCCAGUGGUGGUUCAUACAGCCUUGGUGCCACCUUCUUAGCCUCAAGAUUUGCAGCCAACGCUCUUCGUGGUAUACAUCGCAAUAGGAAUGCUAAGACUGCCAGGGAAUUGGUGACACUACAGAAGCCACCAGAGCCUGACUUCACUGCAGAUGAAUGAUGCAAGACUAGAAUUUUACUUGUGAGCCUGGUUUCAUUGACCUACCUUAUUUUUGUUGGAGUGAUCAGGAAAUGCUAAGUGUAAUGAUUUUACAGUUGCAGUUUUGCGGCUUGCCAGAGUUUUUUUUUUCCUUUUUUUGUUUCCAUAAUAAAUACUUUAUUACCAAACUUACUGAUAUAGUAAAUACAUCAAGUACACUCAUUCA